AGAACACUGGCAGUGUUAGAUAAUCGAUGUCGAAGUGUUGAGAAAAUCAGCUGCAACAUGUUAAGAUCAGCUGUGAGCAAAUCUUUUCUUUCUUGCACUCACUUUCUGAAGCUUAGGAUCUGUUCUAUAUGCUCCACUGCUGGCAAGGAUGCAGCAGAUUUCUACGAUAUUACAAUCGUUGGUGGUGGAAUGGUUGGUGCAAGUCUGGCCUGUGCCUUAGGUGAGUGAGUUUGCUGCGAGACCACUACACAUGUUUGCCCGACAUUCCUUGGCCAAAUAAUAUUAUUUUCGACUUAUCUUCUGGGCUUAACCAGGGCAAUUAACCCAUGAUUUGGCCUGGUACGUGGUACAUGUUAACUGACUUUUUAACUGACUCAUCCAAACCAGUGCCUUGAAUCUCUUAUUGAAUUGUUCUUCUCCAGUCCAGAAUAUCAGAAAUAUCUUGAAAAAUAUAAUCUUCUGCAUACACCUUGGAAAUCUGUAGUUUUUCAGGUGCGUCUUAAUUGUCUCCCACUGCAGAGUCCGAAAGCAGUAUUUUCGGGAUCCGGGAUUUGACCAAAAUACAGUGUUGGAUUUGGAAAAAUGCAUGAUAUCUUUACAAGAAAGGGGAUUUUACUGCUUAACCAAGGCAGCAGGAUUCGCCAAAGUUUGGGCACAGGGUGCAGGAUUUUUUUUCCUGUAUAUUGGGAAUUCAGCAAAUCAUACAUUUGAGCAGCAAAUACUAAUCAACCAGGAGCACAUCAAGCAGUGUCUCCUUUCAAACCGAACUAUAGAGUGUGCCUUGUUAAUUAGUUUUGUUUUAUACAAUUGUUUUUGGAAACCCCAAAAGGAAUUCAGAAAAACCAUAAAAUAAAUAGUGGGAUGCAGGAUAUUGAUGAAAAAAAGAGCAGAAAUGUGCAGCGGGAUCCCCCCCCCCCUGCCCCCCCCUCUUCCAGACAUUCUCUUUUGGACAAACCAAGCUUCUUACCCAUGAAAAUAGCCUGUUUCGUGCUCUCAGAUAGUGGGAAUUAGUAAAAGUUAACAACUGCAUCACUUAGUGGAGGUGGGUGCCUGGGAUGUCCAUUUUUCCUUUAAGCUUUAAUAGCCAGACUACAUAACUGUUAGCAUGGAUACUCUUAUUAGAUGCUUGAUGCUUGAUUACCCAACUCAUUUUCCAGGGAAUGAGGGUACCUCUUCUGGUGAGCCAUGCUGGGUAAUUUUGUUCCUUAAAAUUAAAUGUUUCCUUCAGUUAGACAAGAUUUCAUGUGGAAAUGCCGUCAGGUGUUUCUUAUCAGGUUAUGUAAUGGGAAAAUAUAUGAGAAAGUGUUAGAAACCUUAGUAUUAUACAGUAUUAUACAGGUCUGCUAACUAUUGCUUUUCAAGUGCGGGUCUUGUUCCUGUAGAUCGAUAACUUUGAUUUCAUGCCAGAUGAAUCUUGCAGAUAAACUUCUCUGUCUCUUGGUGGUAUGGAUGUUUUCUGGAACUCACAAUAAACUGCCAGACCAGACCACCACCUGGUUAGCUCAGUUAGGAGACCGUCAGACUGGUGAGCGGGAGGUCGCGGGUUCAAAUCCCUGCUGGACCAACACUCGGGGUCUUUAAAUAACUGAGAAGAAAGUGCUGCCUUUGUAAUGGCAUCUGCAAACGGUCAGACUUUCUAGUCUUCUUGGAUAACGAUCGAAAACCUUAGGUCCUGUCUCACAGGACUGUCACUUAUCUAGUUCUUAUGGGAUGCAAAAGAACUCACACCAUCAUUCGAAAAGAGUAGGGGACAUAGACCCCAGUGGUGUGGUCAACCUUUCCUGGGCUGGAGGAGAGUUUUUGACGUAGGGAUAACCUCAUGAUCCUCCUUCUCUUGUGCUACUGCCUUUAAAACUUUAAUGGCUAUCAAUCCUUGGUCUGGUUUUAUCCAUGUAGUUUAUUUAUUAAGUUAUUUCAUCAUCUGCUUUUGCAUCUUUUCCACAAGGUCUUGAAAGAACAUUAGAUGACCAUAAGAUUUUGCUACUUGAUGCUGCUCCAGACAAAGCAGAAAACAUAACUUCCAUUUACAGUAACCGUGUUAGCAGCAUUACACCAGGAUCUAAAAAACUUCUGGAAAGUAAGUUGAAGGCACUAUUACAAUCAUUUGUAUUUUCUAAUAUUAAUAAAGUGAGGUGCUAGUCAUUAACAUUUUGUAAAUAUCUGUGUAGCCUGGAACCUUCUGAUAAAAUGCAAAAAAAAAAAACAAAUUAAGUCAAAUACUGGUAUGCAGAAUUUUCCAUUGGUCAAAUUAUUUAGUUGGGUACAUUAUUUUUAUAAACUCCCAUGCCCAGAACUAAAAUACAAAUGAGUAUAUUGCUGAAAGUGGAAGGAGCCUAAUUGUUCCCUUUUUAGCUAGUAUACGUAGUAUGCCCGUGCAUCUAAGCCAACCUCUGAUCUGUUCAGCUAGUGACUCUGUUAUUAACAGUCUUUUUGCUUUGAAAGGUAUUGGUGCCUGGGAUCACAUUUGUAACAUAAGACACAAGCCAUUUCGCAGAAUGCAAGUAGGUAUCUGAUGAUUAUUAGAAACAGUUUACCAUUUUAAAAGUGUACCUCUCCAUCUAAAUUUGUACUCAGUAGAUCAUACUGUAGGUUUAAUUUGUUGGAAUAUUCCUUUUUAAUUCUGAUAACUAGCUAGAAAAAGCUCUUACACAUUUAGGUGAAACAUUGGAUUCUUAAUUAUCUCUAUUAUGGCAAUCUAGAACAUAUCUCAUUUUGGAUUUUUACAAUAAAAUUUUAUUACUUCACUUUUUAUAAUAGCUAAAGAAAAACUUCACAAAACAAUUUAGAGUUCUCUUUGUAAUAUCCCUUGAAAUACAAUACAUGAUGUAUAGAUAGUAUCUUCAGAAGUUCUACCAAAGAUGAUUUGUUAAAAUGGUAACACCACAACAGUAUACAUGCUGGAGAUCCAAGGCUUUUAGCAAAUCUUCACAGUAACAAAAAAUUCUUGACCCUGAUAUUGUUUAAUUUUGUGUUGUCAUUAGGUCUGGGAUGCAUGUAGUGAUGCACACAUUUCAUUUGAUUACUCAAGUACCAUUGAUGAUGACUCAACAGAUAUGGGAUUUAUUGUAGAAAAUCCAGUAACCAUUGCAGCUCUUAAAAAGCAACUGAAAGUUCUUGAUUCAAGAGUAAAAGUUCUUUAUGGAACAAAGCUUUCAAGGCUGACUCUUCCAGAUUUCACAAUAGAUAUGGUAUAAAUUUACACUUGCUAUCUUUUUUUGUAGCUUCUUACCUUAAUUGUCUUGUAUAUCCACUUGACAUAAUUGUGCCUUAGCAGGAGAAAUCUUUUGAAUGCAAGGGAUAGUCUAUAUAGCUAUAACCCAAAUCUUUAUAGUCAAGUUUUACCAGUACAACUGUACCUGCAGUUUUGAAUUUAAUAAUAAUAAUAAUAAUAAUAAUAAUAAUAAUAAUAAUAAUAAUAAUAAUAAUAAUAAUAAUAAUAAUAAUAAUAAUAAUAAAUUUUAUUUAUAUAGCAUCUAUAUCAUUAACUGUUCUAGGCACUUUACAAAGUAUUAAAACUCUAAAAAAACUAACAACUACAUAGAUAUAAGUACGAAAAUUAAAUAAAAAUCUAUUUAUAAAUUAAGAAAAAGCUUAGUGAAAUAAAUAUGUCUUCAAGUGUUUUUUGAAAGAAUUCAAGGAAUCUGCAUUUCUUAAAGAUGCAAGUAUGCUGUUCCAUAAUAAUUUAGGUCCUGCAAUAGAAAAUUUUCAAUCACCAUAAGACUUCAGCUUAGAUCUCAGGACUUGAAGUAACUUAUUCGAGCAAGAAUGCAAAUGGGCUGCUACAAAAACUGAGCAUAUUGGAAUUUAAACAUAUCCUGCGUUCUCUAAGUAACCUCUUCAAUCUUGAAUACAGGGCUGUACUGUGGGAUUAGCUCACUUGGUGGAAUGCUUGACUGCAGAGCAGCCAGGAGGUCAUGGGUUCGAUACCUAGGGCCGACCAAUUAAUACUCAGCGUAUUGAAAAAACUGAGAAAUGAAGGUAGUUCCUUUGCCCUGCAGAUGGCUAGACCUUCACAUGGCUGCCAUGACUACGUAAGAUUGCAGUCUUCUCUCCAGAAGGAGACAUUAAAAUAGUGUCCACAAUAGUACCUACCUGUGUGCUAAAUACACUCAAAUAUAGUACAUUUUUCCCACCACAGACCUUGGGGGGCAGAGGCUGGAGAGACUCCUUGAGGACCUGUUGUACUCUUUCUACCUUUCGUAUGCCAGAUUAUUGUAAUAUGAACUUUAUAUCUGACUGGAGAUAGAUUCCUCUGCUAAAAUCCUAUAUUAAUUUACACCGGUUUUAUAAAUCUCAUAAGAGGAGAGAUUUCGAAAAUGAUUUGAUCAAAAAGUUAAACGCUAAAAAAAAAAAAAUCUUUUAGUGUUUAACUUUUUGAUCAAAUCAUUUAUAAAUCUCCUUAAAGAAAAAAAAUAUAUAUAUAAUUAAUUAAGUUACAGUAACCAGUUUGUGAGAAUGUACUAGUGUUUAUUAAUGGCUUAAACUUUGCUUUCAAUCCUGGGCUUGUACAAGUGAAUGAGGGUUAUGUUUCUUGAUAUAAAAGUCAGAUGAAGUAAUAAUGAUUUUUAUUAUUAUUUAAAGGAUUCUGAAGAUGUUGGUCAUUCUUGGGCAAAAUUAGAGUUGGAAGAUGGGAAAACAUUGCAUUCAAGAUUAGUGGUACAUUAUUUUUGAAUGAUUGAAUAAAACUAUUUUAAUUUAAAGCCUUUGUCACAACUGGAUCAAAGCUAAUGAAAAAAAGAUAUAAUCUAUUAAUAACUGUAUGGGGGGAUAGUGUUUGAAGGAAUUAGUUUUUUCAAGAUUCUUUUUUUGUGUGUGUCUAACAUAAUUUUCGUAGUCAAUUCAGGAAGUAAAACCAAAUUUUAUAUCUCUUAAUGUGCUCGGUAAAAAUGACUGCAAUAAUUUUUUAUUGGAAAGAUAGGAGCUGAUGGACCACAGUCUUCAGUGCGAAAGCAAACCAAUAUGGAGUGUCUUUCUUGGAGGUAUGAUCAGUCUGGAGUAGUGGCAACUCUUCAUCUUGGAGAGGUAACUUAAAAAAAAAAUGCUUUCACUCUAGCCUGUUAUUUAAAAGGAUCUGUAGUAGAAGCCAUAGCAAAUAGCCAGAAAAUUCAGCCAGGCAGAUGUAUUGGGAUCCCAGGGAGGUACUCCAGAUUUCAAAUAACGGGGGUGAUCGAAGGAUUUUUUGGGUUUAAAAUUUUCAAUUCCAGGAUUUUUGGGGGUAGGAAAAUUUGGCAAGUACUUUUUUGUGUGGGUCGAUUUCAGUAGGGCAUGCCUCAGCCAUGUAGUUCUGCGAAUUAAGUACCACCAAACUUGAUAAGGCUUGGAAAUUCGGCAUGGGAUUUUUCGGGGUUAAUUUUUGGUCAAGGGAUUUUUUUGGGUUUUGCUGAAAGACCUAGACCACAUAUUUUGGGUUUUGAUAUUUGCCUCCAUUUGAUCAUCACCAUCACAUGAAAUCCAGAGUACUCCCCUUGGAUGGGGACAAAAGGAGAGGAAAGGGAAAAUUAAGGGCAAUUAUUCCAUCUCCGGAUUCUUGUUUCCAUAUCACUUGCACCAGGAGUAGUGAGUAGUAUUUUUUCCUGUACACCAGGCAAGUUGUUCAAAAGGCAGAUGGCUCUAUACCAGAUGAAUCACCACUAUUCAGUGGCUAAAACUGUGUUUUAGGAUAACCAACUACAUUAUCUACUGCAUUGAUGUUUUUUUUAUUAUUGAUUCCUUUGAUUUUAUAAGCAAUUCUCCCUUUCACAUGCAAUGCAAUUUGGAUUCUAGCAGUUCAUGGGAAGUCCAGUGGCAGAUCUAGGGGAGGGCCUGCCCCCCCCCUUUUUUUUUUUUUUUUUUUUCUUUUUUUUUAAAACAAAUUUCCCUCUCUCCAUCAAUGUAAAUUUUGUUUUCACGGGUCUUGGGGAGCGCGGGGGGGGGAUGUGGGGGGGGGCCCCCCCCCCCCCCCCCCCCCCUUAUUUUUAGACCAAACUGAGGCCCUUUGAGCUGAAACAAAAUUAUUUUUGGGACGCCCCCUUAUCUCAGGGUCAGGAUGACUACCCCCCUCCCCCCUGCCCUAACCUAAAGGUCUGAAGCCACCACUGAAGUCUCCAGAGGUUUUUCCAGGUCCCCCCUCAUUAUUAUAACUCAUUAAUUUUCAGAUAACAGAGAAUGUGGUCGCAUGGCAGAAGUUUUUACCCACAGGACCCAUAGCACUCUUACCAGUAAGAACAACAAUACUGUUGAUGUUCUCAUAAUUAAGUGACCACUUCUGGAAUCCAUUUAAGUGGAUGUAACUAGAGCUGAUUAUUCACGAGAAUCAGCUCACAGUAUUGACCAUGUGAUAGAGUGCUUAUGGCCAUGUUUUCAAUGCUGGCCGUUGUAGGGAGAAAGUGAACUUGUAUUUAAUAAAUUUGAAUGUCCUUGCCAGUUGUUAAGUACAGUGAUUAGUUACUUAUGUGUUUGCUGUUGAAGUUUUUGUUGUUGUUGUUGGUUUUUUUCCUGAGAGUAGACAGAACUGAAUAUUGUGUUAAGCUUUAAAUUUAAUUAAGUUAAAAAAUCACCACCCCUUAAAAAAAUGUUGCAUAUUUUGGUGGUUGUCCUUUAUUUAGUGAAAUUCUAAAUGAAUACUCAUUUUUGCUUUUUCUCUGACUUAGUUAACAGAAAAUCUGAGUUCUUUAGUGUGGUCAACAAGUGCUGAACAUGCUAAACAGCUUGUUUCUAUGGAGGAAGAUAGAUUUGUUGAUGCUGUCAACAAUGCAUUUGUAAGUUUGUACUUUUAAGUUUUUGGUUUACAAGCUGGGGCAUUUUGUGGGAGACUCUUAAUUUCUUGGUUCCUGAAAACCACUUACACGUACUUGAAUGAAAGUUUCCUGAUAAAACAUUAUUAUCAUUAUUUUUUAUUGAAAAGUGGGAAGAUUUUGAGCGUCAUCCUCUCGUGGAUCAAGCAACAAGACUUUCACAUCUGUUAGCUUCUGUUGUUCAGCCAUGGACAAGUAAGUGCCCAACAGUAUGUUUUUCUAUAGUGCUAUCUUAAUUUUGCUCCACUUCAUAGUCAACUGCCGUUAUUUUAGCCAGACACGAUAGGUAUCGUGAGUAGAGCCUGUAGGAGGUAGCCUGCAAGCGAGCUCUCUGGGGCGCUCUGGUGGCGGGGUAGGAAAAGGAAGGAGAGCUUGCAACCUCGUCUCUGGAAUUGGAAUACCAGCGUCAAUAAUGUCAAUGCUAAAUGCUGAUUGGCAGAGAUGACAAAAGUAAUGACGCCAUUACCCAUGGCAUGUGCUUUCACUUGUUUUUCAAUGUUUUUUUACAUUUGCGUUCAUUUCCGCUUUGCACUGAUUGGCAGAAAUCUGACAGCUCAGUCAAUGGGGAGCCACAGGGGAACAGAGACGUAGUUGCAAGCUCUCCUUUCUUUUCCCACCUAGCCGCUUAGAAACUCAAAAAGUGUCCACAGGCCUUUUAGAGUUGGAGUCCUUAACAACGGAAAUAUGUUUCAAACAAUCGUCCCAAAGGACGUCACAAAGCAAGAGUUUACUGAACUAAGGCAAAUGAGCCAAUACUCAUGCAGGCAAGAAUAGAGACCUUAAGGUAUUCCGUGUACGGGUACGGGUAAAUUAGCCAUACACUUAGCCGUAAAUAUGGUUAGAUGCCCUCUUACCCGGAAGAAACGGGUAGGCUACCCUGCAGAAUGGUGAAGCCAUUAUCACGUCUGGUUAAUCAUGUUUGCCUUUUAUAAAACUACGAGGUAAACAUGUUCGCUUACCCGUACCUGUAAACAGUGUCCCCUUAAGGUCACUAUUAUUAUGACAAAUUUUUCUGUCUUUCAAAAAAUUGUUUUAAAAAAGGUUUCCCUGUUUUGCAGAUUUAUUCCAAAAUGAUUUUUUGGCCAGGUUUUUUUCAAACCCAAGAAAAAAGCUCUUUGAGUGAUAAUAUUUUUGGAUUGAAUACUGAAGCAAGUUGUGCAAAAAGCUAGCAUUUUUUACCUGAAGUAGAAAUUGGCAUUUAACGCUUCAAUCCUCUUUAUGAGUGAUUCGCCAUGACUUUAUACCACUGUCUGCUACCGUUGUAGUAUCAUAAUCCUGGACUAAUCUAUGGCGACAUUAUUUGUUUCUGUAUUAGUAGCUUUUAAAUCUUUGGGUAAAAGUGUGUUACAAUUCAAAUGAAACCUCUUUGGUACAGUGCUAUUUUUUUUUCUUAAGAUUUUACAAAAAGAAAUUUUGAUACAUCAUACCACUUGCAACAUAUUAGUAAUGAAGGGUUUAUUCUUAUUAAUUCAUUUUUCCUUCACGCAGCAUCUGUCACCCAGUCUCCACCGAGCGUUAGUGGAGUGGAAGAAAGAAGUCGUGCUAUGUUUCCGUACGGCUUUGGUCAUACAACAGAAUAUGUCAGGCCAAGGCUGGCUUUGAUUGGGUAAGACAGCACCGUACUUGUAAUCCGUCACUUUCAGUGCGCAAUGUCAUGCUGAGCUAAUCUACAAAAGCGCGACACUGACUUUUGUCAUAGGUUAAUGGGGUAAUACGAUCGUCGGGUUAGUGAAGUCCUGAAUAGGAAUGUUGUUUACACAACUCCAGGGCUAAAACCAUUCACUGUGGUACUGACUUGUGUCUCAACAAUUGUCAUCAACUGCGUUUAAAGAAUAUCGAAAAGAAGUCAUCAGUUUGUUGCAAGAUCUAUAAACUCUGGUUUGGUUUACUUUUUAAAAGUGGACAAUUUCCAAGCUAGGCAGGGACUUCCUUGAAGUCAAUUUCUUGCUUUUCAAGUAUCACUCCUUGCCACUGAUUAAUCUCAGGUUUAUAAACCCCAACAUGCUCAAAUACCUUUGUUUACUCUGUCGCAAACUAUUGUACUUCCUCAAAGCAAAGCUGUCACAGUGGUACUAAACCACAGGCGGUCUCUGUUUUCUUAGCCCGUUGAGCAAAAGAUGCACCGUGCCUCCAGUCAGGCGAGUGGCCAUUUUCUACCUUCAGUGAGAGUAGAAAAUAGCCACACGAGCAACUGGAGGCGAUAGACGGGAGGUUGUUGACAGUUGUCUCUUAACUCUUCAAGCAUAGCAAAUCACAUUGGUAUGCUACAAAUGUAGCACAGAAUUCAUUUCCACUGUCUUUGGGAGUAAUCUGUUAUUUUUCUUCUUGGGUUGCCACGUCUUGCAUCUCAUGAGUGCCACCAUGCCUGCGCACCUACCAUCCCACUCACUUUCAAGAAAAAUAAGAGACUACCUAGAGUAUCCAGUGAUAAACACAUGUGCAGGUUGGAGUACUCUAAGGGAGUGAUAGACUGUGAGUGGUCGUCCUUCUUUUUUCAGAGCCAGUUGCGGCGUGUGAAAAUUUAGAAUUAUGAAAAAGGAGGAUAGAUUGGUGCGGAAAGAGAAAAAAUACUCGCAGUUUAAGCAGACCCAACGUUUUGCAAAAAAAUCCCAGGGAAAUGCAGAAAAGGGGGAGAUUGAUAUAUCCCAACAAAACGUUUUGAGACUACUAUAAAAUAUCCCAGAGAAUUGUAGAGAGGGGUGAUACUUAUAAGCACACUGUUUGCUGGAGUAUAAGGACAAUGAUCUCCUUGCACUUUGCGCACGGUAAAUUCUGUCCUUAAGAAUUAAGGGAAGGAUUGACCCCUGAAAAUGAUUUGUUUUGCUGAAACUAAAGCUUUAAAAAUAUUAUGUUCGCACAUAUUGAGUAUAUUGAGUAAAAUUUUGUUACUUUUGUUAAAAGUGACGCAGCCCACAGAGUGCACCCUUUAGCAGGACAGGGUGUUAAUCUCGGGUUUGGCGAUGUUGCUUGCUUGAGAGAUGUGUUAUGUGAAGCUGCUGAAGAAGGAAAAGACAUUGGUAACUUUUUUAGAAAUAUUUGUCGUUGUUUCAGUGUUAGUUUGCGACUAUUAUAAGGCAUUGUACUUACUCGUAAGUGGAGAUGUAAACGCGCUAGAACAUUCUGCAAUGACUACAGUGGAACCUCAAUAUAACGAACUGCCAAGGGACUGUCAAAAUUUUUUCCGUAUAAAGAGGAUUCGUUAUAUAGAAGGUCUUUUUCAUAUAUUA